GCCGCAACAAGCUCCUGAUUCCGUUUCGGCUGGUGGCUUUGAAUAAAGUUCCAGAUGCCAGAUCCAAAGGGCGUUGCCGUCUCUUUCCGGCCACAGCAGACGGAGAACUCGCAACUUCUGGCCAAACAUUAGGGCGCGACUAAUACUAUGUAACACUUAUAUACAACUAAGACUAUGUAACUCUUCAUCUGUGCUAAUACUGUCGUGAACAUUUUUGUACUAAUACUCUGAACAGUUAGUUACUAUCUAAGUACAAAAACUUCUGUACGAAUACUAAUACUCUGAACUGUUAGUUACUAUCUAAGUACAAAAACUUCUGUACGAAUACUAAUAUCUGAGUCCUCUGAGUCUAAUAAUCUAGUUCGAAUAGUCUCAUAAUCUAGUACAACUGUACAACUAAUACUAUGUAUCGUGAGCAGAGGUAAGUAUCAACGUAUGACAGCAAUGGCGUCUCAACGCAUUACAGUAAUAGUUUAGGCUUAAUGGUUAUCCUGUGGAGUGGACAGCGACUGAGUUUCUUUUAUAUCACUUCAAGAAUAGGGUUAGUAAUGAAGCUCGCAAUUAUUAUUAUUAUUCUAUCCUAUCCUAUCCUUAUACUAAACUUUAGUACAAGGCUUGCAAAUUAUACUGAUAACCUGCUCCUUUUGAACUCACCUCCGUUGAAAGUGAAGCAUUACGGAAGGUGAAGCAUUCUUUUCAUUAUGCAUCCUCAGGAGGGUCCCAUCCUUGGCUUCUGGCCUUAGGCUUUUAGGGGUGGGAACCCCUUUUAGGGGCAAGGAGCUUUUCGGCUUUUAGCGGUGGGAACCCCUCAUCAUAGGCUUUUAGGGGCGGACGGGCCCAUCUUUUGCAACUCUUUUGGGGAGGGAGGAAGGUAGCCCUUUUGCAACUCUGAAGAGCCACUAGUUGCAUUAGGUAUUCCAGAACUGCGCAGUUGUCAGGGGGUCGCAACUCUUAUUGGGAAUUCAAUAAUACUUGGUGCUCAACAGGAGUGGGGGGAGAAGUAGAAGAUUGAUCAGAGCGACGUAUAUUUCCUUCUUCGCAGGAUCCUCUUGGAUGGCGCAGAAGUCGUGUCACCAUAUAUUAUUGCCUUCGGAAUAUCGCAGUGAAUAUCGCCAGGCUCAAUGUGAAGGAUCUCCAACGGACCUAACCUAACCUAUCUUCUGAGCUUGGAGGUGGAGGUAGCUCCACUCUCUCAAUAGUUGAGGUAGCCCCCUCACUCCAAGCAGCCAACUCCUAUCCUAUAAUCCUACUCUCUAAAAGUAGACGCGCGAGGGUUUCCGCCCUGGUCUAUGCAGCCGAUAAGGAGUGAAGAAACUCCCAGCGGUGCCUUCCAGUCGUACAAGCUGAGAAUGCGCACGCUGGAACUGUGCAACUUAGAUCCCGACUGUAUAGAUUUUAAGGCGCCUUGAGGAGAUGAAUGAAUGAAUACUGAAAUGUGCAACUUAGGUCCUGACUGUACAAGUUUUAAGGCCCCUUGAGGACAUUAUCCAUCUUAGGAGACUGACAAUUUUCUCAGGAGGAUGAUGCGUUUCUGCCAGUUCUAAAACUUUUUCGUGGAACCACA